UCCCUCUAUUAUUAUCAUUAUUCUUGCGGUCUUCAUCUCUCCAAUAUCUCUGCACACACAAAAACAGAGUUUAACUAGGAAUCAACCAAAAUGGACAAAGUUAACACCACCAACAACAGCAACAGCAACAGCAACAGCAACAGCAACAACAACUGUGGGUUCAUGUCGUGCGACAAACUGGACCGAGUGGCCAACUGGGUCGGCGCCAACGUUGCCUCUGCUUUCUUUGCAUCCUUGGAGCGGUGCUCUUGCAUCAACCUCAGCAUCAAAGACAACGAAGAUGACACCAACAACGAUGAUCGCCCUCUCUUCCUCUCUCACCCCACUACUCCUUUUUCCUCCAACUCCAACGUUCACUCUUGAUCCUAUGAUUCCUGUGUUCACUUGUUAAAAAAAAAUUACUCUUUUCUUUUUGUGUUUUGUGUAAUUCGUGGAUCCUGAAUUAACUUUCCUGUCAUGAAUAUAUGGGAAUUUGGUGACACAUGAUUACUUUGUUUGUUUAUUUUA